GCCGCCGCCGCUGCCGCUGCCGCCGCCGCCCCGGGGGAAAGAUGCAGGAAUCAACAGAGAACAAUUUGUUUGACCUUCCUGAUUAUGAGCAUGAGGAAGACGAACAGUUUCCACCUUUUCCACCUCCAUCCUCUCCUGGGAGAAGUGAUAAUGAAGGAGCUGAGUCCAGCCAAGGAAGGAAGAAAGAGAAAUCGUCUCCGACGGACGAUCCUCCCGUGAACAUAAGGAAAACAGUAAAAAGAAAUUUACCUAAGCUAGAUGCUCAUCGGUUAGUUUCAGAGAGAGGGCUUCCAGCAUUACGACAUAUGUUUGAUAAUGUAAAAUUCAAAGGCAGAGGCCACGAGGCCGAAGACUUGAAGACACUGAUCAGGCACAUGGAACACUGGGCCCACCGGCUCUUCCCCAAACUGCGGUUUGAAGAUUUUAUCGACAGGAUAGAGCAUUUGGGAAAUAAAAAGGAAGUUCAGACUUGUUUAAAACGAAUUCGACUCGAUUUGCCCAUUGUACAUGAAGACUUCAUCAGUAAAGAAGGUGACGACGAAGGGGAAAGUCGCGAGAGAGAUGGGAGCGCCGCUGACGUAGACCCCUUUUUCACAAACCCAGCUGAGAAUACGGAGUUUGCCUCCCCGUCCAGUACAGACUUAACAGAGGAGCAACAGCAGAGAAUCGAGAGGAACAGACGCCUGGCCUUGGAAAGGAGGCAGGCAAAGCUCGUGAUCGACAGUCAGCCCCGAGAAAAUGAUAUGUCAAUCUCCGGGCCCACGACCGCGGUAGCCGAAGCAGCCGAUGGUGAUGAUGAAGACGAAGGCGUUCCGAGCGAGAUAAGGGAAGGAGUUUUAGACACCCAAUAUAAUACUGCUGCUGAUUUGGAAAAUAUAGAGGAUGGUGAACAAUUAGGAAGUCCGGGCCUGUGAAUCCUCUUUGAAGUUUGUUAAUAACUUCAAGAUGAUAUUCUUCAGUUACCUAGGGAUCUGCCAGCUCGAUCAGCGGUAUUCAUCGAACGCUUACUGGAUGCGGAGCACCGUAUUGAGCACGCGGAAAAGUACGAUAAAGGGAGUCGAUGUGACUUUUGCUCUCAAGCUCCCAACAACUGUUCUGUAUAAGACCAUCCACCUCCCCAGUCUUGUUUCCUUCGGCUAAGCCAGGUGGAGCUAUCGAUUGUGUUUUCAGUUGAAUAUCACACCCUUAUUUAUACGUAAAAAGAGGCUUUGUCUGGCUUUUAAUGAUUACUGAGAUAGGGGGUUGAGUUUUAUAAGUUUAUGUAAGAAGGUGCUGCCGUGGCUUUUCUGUAUUGUAUUUUGACAUAUUCAAAAUACAAUAUAUUUUGAUAUAGCCAGCGUGCGAUUUCUUCAGUUAACUUGAUGGCUAAAAGCAAAAAUAAAGUGUUUUCAGGUAUUUAAAUCACUGAACGUUCAUGUUGCGGAAUGCGGAACAAUAAAAGCUACUGUUUUACAAAAGAGA